UUUCAGUACAGACUCCAUUAGUUCGCACAUUAGGAUGAGUUAGUCGAAUUAUGUAAUUAAAUAAAGUAAUUCAAUAAGCCAGCGAAUUAAUAACAAUUAUUCGGUUUGGCCGGUCUCGAUAAAUGUCUAGUUGGAUUGCGCACGCGCUUUGUAAAAAUGUGUACGUGAAUAAAUAUCGACGAAUAAAACUGUAAUUAUUGUGAUUAAUUAGAAUUUAUAUGUACAUAUUUUUAGUUUAAAUUUUGCGUUCGUGUUUUGCUAUGGACCAGAAUAAGGAUGGCAUCAACGGUGGUUUAAACGGUACGACUAGAAGCUACGAAGCGAAAAGCCAAGCUGCAGUCAACUAUAACGCGGCUCCUGGGUCCUACGAAAACAAUCACAAUCUGUUCCAGAUGAUAAAGUGCCACGAAGACAGCCUCAUACGUCUACACCAACUGACGGCUGGACGCCAAAUGAAUGGAUCUUAUGAACCGACAUAUCAAAAUGACUUGACGUGGUACCCAAAAGACCUACAGCGCCAAUUCAUCAAACCUGUAGAUUACUUAGCCUACGAAGACAUGCGACGGAAAUACGAAGAAGGAAAAAAUGGAAAAGAGAAGGAGUUGCAGAAAGAAUGCGAUGAAAAUAAGGACGGGAAAUCAGACGAGAGGAAAAAGCCGAGAAGAAACCGAACCACUUUUACUAGCCAGCAAUUGGCUGCCUUAGAAAAAGUGUUUGAAAAAACGCACUAUCCCGAUGCUUUUGUUAGGGAAGAUUUAGCAGCGAGAGUCAGUUUAACAGAAGCAAGAGUGCAAGUGUGGUUUCAGAACCGUCGUGCGAAGUUCCGAAGAAACGAAAGAUCAGCCCUCUCAAAUCACCGGAGUUCAACCAGUCAGAAUUCACCAGAGCCUAUGGCUGUUCCAAUCGGCAUUCCUCAUCAACCAGACCCGAGACAAGAAUUCGCCCGAAAUAAAGAACCGUGGCUACAUCAUUUUCAAACUAACAAUUUGAAUUUAAAUUUAGGACUGCCAAUAACGAAUACAGGACUGUAUCAGAACGAUUAUUCUUUGAUGAUGCAGAACGUUGGUAACAGACCAUACGUGCCCAACACAAAUGGGUUUAUGGGCCAAAGUGUUGUAGGUUAUAGCGGAGGCGAAAAUGCAUACAGUUCAUGCGGUAUUAUCGGGGGCUAUAAUGGAUCGUUGUCUUCAUCGCACAGUUCAUACAAUUUGAAUUUAAGAUUGAGACCACACGAUUUCAGCAUAAAUAAUUUGACUUUGUGAUAAAAACAAGACUGAAAUUAUAAACUAAACACACUACGUUUACAACAUGAGACUCUCAUGACGUGACUGCUGUUGGAAAGUCAAAAUGCAAAAGAUCGAAAUAAUCUAAAUUUGGCCGAUCUUUAUUAGCUAGCUAUGCCACGAUCUUGCCGUGUAGUUUCAGGAUAACGCAAAAAAUCUAAUAAUCAUAACUGUGGUUAAUAUUGUUAAAAUACAAUAUGUGCGUGUAUGUUGCUAGUGAAUAUUAUCAAACAGUUUACCUGUUACUUUUUUAAUAUUUGUGAUCAUAAAAUGGCUAUUCAAUAGGUACCUAUAGGCUAGGUUUUAUUAAAUAUUGCAUAACAGAAUUGAGGUAAGCAACUUAAAGUUAAUAUACCAGGAUGAUUCAAAUACAAUCAAUACUAUCUUUUUUUUGUUCCUUACUAUGCUGAUAGCCUUGAGAGGCUAUUUCAGCUUCGCCCUAACAUGUAGUAGUAUAGGUGAG